AUGACUUUUUUGAGCCCUACCAACUCCACCCUGACGCUACCGGAUCUACUAGUUCUCGAAACGCUUUUAGGGGACGCUGAAUCUACAACUAAGGGGAUAUCUCUCAACAGAGGACUUGAAAAUUGUAGGCCCAGGGCCUCUCUCACGGCUUUCUCAAGUGGCGAACCUCGAAGUGCGAUCGAGGCCACUAUAAAGAGGCUGAAGGCUCUAAAUGACCCAAACGACUCCGAUUUUGAUCCUACGGUGGUCCUUGGCUGGGAUCGUGGAGAUUUUGAGCUACAUCCAUUUAUGGAUAGGUGGAUUCUUCAGCCAUAUGCAAAACUUGCAAGAGAGAUUGUCCGCGUUGAAACAGACGUCGUGAUAAUCACUCAUGUUCUGCUUUAUUUUACUACCUCUUUUCCCAGCGCUAUUCUCCUGUUUCAACACUUCCACUGGAUCCACGGUCUAAUGCACUGGGCCAUGCAGGCCUACCUUGUUGGAACAUACACGCUUAUGAUGCAUCAGCACAUACAUAUGGGAGGACUCUUAAAGAGGGAGUUUCUGUGGUUUGAUACUCUUUUCCCGUAUAUCAUGGAUCCUUUAAUGGGACAUACGUGGAACUCUUAUUAUUACCACCAUGUUAAGCACCACCAUGUCGAAGGAAACGGACCAGAUGAUCUUUCGUCCACCAUUCGGUAUCAACGCGAUGAGCUUUUUGACUUUUUAUGCUAUAUUAGCCGAUUUCUUUUCCUGACUUGGCUGGAAUUACCACUUUAUUUUGUGCGCAAAGGAAAAUUUAGUUUUGCAUUCAAGACAGCCGCCUGGGAGUUCGGUUAUUAUAUUUUCCUAUAUCUAUUUUGGAGAUAUAUAUGCUGGAAAGCAACUAUCUUUGUUUUUAUACUACCGCUGCUACAGCUGCGGCUGGGACUCAUGGUUGGGAACUGGGGCCAGCAUGCGUUUGUUGAUGAGGCCAACCCGAAAUCAGAUUUUCGUUCAAGUGUUACAGUGAUUGAUGUGGCAAGCAACCGCUUUUGUUAUAAUGACGGAUACCACACCUCUCAUCAUCUCAACCCUCUGAGACACUGGCGUGAGCAUCCCGUCUCCUUUCUUCAACAAAAGGACCGCUAUUCCGCCGAAGAUGCGCUAGUUUUCCAGAACAUUGACUAUAUAAUGAUUACGAACCGUUUAUUGCAGAAAGAUUAUAAGUACCUGGCUGAAUGCUUGGUCCCAAUCGGAAAUCAGGUAGGAAUGACAGUUGAUGAGUUGGCAAUUAUGCUGCGAAAGAAAACGCGAAGAUUUAGUGCUAUGGAUAUUAGAUCUAAGUUCUAGCACGAAAUCGAAAUCCUGGCAAUCUGUUUCCGUUUUCAUUUGUUUUUUAUAAUCUUUAGAUAUCGCUAGCAUUCCCGUUCAAUCUUGAUCUCCUCUUUAGAUUAG